UCACUGCUCUGAUCCUGCAGUUUCAUGCGAAAGAAAAAGACAAAAACCUCUCGAGUAGAGACGACCUGUCACUGAACUCGUUCCAUGAGCGACGAAUUCGCGUGAUUUCGUAUUGAUUCGUAAAUCGAAGCAUUUGCAAUGCAGCUGAAGCUCCAGAUUGGUUUCACUGACGACUAUAAAGUCGAAGAAGGCGAUUGGGAGAAGGAGAGGUAGAGAUUCCCUCAAAUCCUUAAUUUUCUUAUCCAAGCAGUUCGGUUUCUCUCCCAGUGUAGAAAGAGGAGUAAUCAGAGAGAAACGAUCUGUUGCUGUCAAUGGCUGCGACUGUAUUGACUGACGCGAAGGCAAUUGCAAGCCUGGACUCGCAGUCACAGCCAUCGCUGGCUAUCAAGCGAAGCUCGCAAGCUCCUGAGCUCGAGUUCGUGAAGUGCGAAUGCUGCGGAUUGAAGGAGGAGUGCACGCCGGCGUACAUUGCUCGCAUCCGCGAGAGAUUUGACGGUCGUUGGAUUUGUGGACUCUGUUCCGAGGCAGUCAAAGAUGAGGCCUCCAGAUCAAAAAGAGGUAUCAGUCCUGAUGAAGCGUUGAAUCGGCACAUGAAAUUCUGUGAACAAUUCAGAUCUUCAAGUCCUCCAAUUCAUCCUACUGAGGAUCUGAUCUCCGCUAUGACGCAUCUGGUUCGGCGUACUUUGGAUUCUCCGAAGAAGAAGAAGGGAUCCAUUUUCCAGUAUCCGUCACCGUCCUUUGUUCGAUCCCGAAGUUGCUUUUCAAGUUUAUCAAAGUGAGUAUAAUGGGGGAUCUCAAAAAUGGGCUUUCAAGCUUGGUUAAAGUUUAACAUGGUUAUGCCUGCUGGUUAUCAAGCUUGGUUCAGGUUUAAUGUAAUGGUACUCUUUCCGACAAUAUGACUGAAUCCAAUGAGUUUCUUCUCUGAAUAACUUUUUUUUCUUGUGGUUGAUUUGAGUAUUGGUAAGUAAGGAAUCCUUCUAUUUGCGCACUC